AUGGACACGGUCAAGGGUGAAAAGUGGGUCGCCGACUAUGCCGCCUGGAUCCGCGUGCACGAGGCCAAGCUCGGCGAUGCCGCCCGCAAGGCCCUCAUCACCAGCACGGCAGCCAACGCCCCAGCAACGACCGGUGGCGGCAUCGCCUCGUCGCUCUGGAGCGUCGUAGGACUUGGAUCCACCGCAACGGCAGUGCCGGCCCCCGCAACGCGCAACGGCCGCUCCUCGCAGCAGCCCAUCCGGCCCCUCACCCUCCGCCUCAACCCACACUACCUGUACUACCUCCUGAUCCAAUUCGAAGCGCUCGGCCUGCCCGUCGGAUCGCUCGACAUCAAGAUCCCCGCAUCGGCAAGGCCGACCUCCUACUUCUCCUAUGUAUCCGCCCCCGCGAGGGACAAGGACGACACCAUGAGCAUGUCGUCGUUCCGCAGCCGGAUGAGCGUCGUCUCCUCGUCCUUCUCCCUCGGCUCGUCGUCCUGGUGGGGCGGUGCAAGCGCAGGCCAUCCCCCAGACCCCAACAAGGACAUCAAGUACAUCUACGCCGCGCUCACAAAGAUCCCCUCGCUGCGCCUCGGGCCGAUUCCCGCGACCAAGCUGAUCCAGGAGUUUGAGGACUGCCCGGGCAAGAGCGCAGUACCGCUCGACGUCUUCAAGAAUCUCCAUUUCCUCGAGCUCGAGGACGUCGAUCCGCGCACGCUCAUCGGCUGGGACAGGGCCAGCAUGCAGCUGCGCAGCCUGACGUGCAAGAAGAGCGGCCUCGAGGAUCUCACGGACCUGGCCGUCAACCUCGUCGUGCUCGACGCCCGGCGGCGGCGCGGCGAAAGAGUUGAUCUGCCCAAGCGCAAGCUCUAUCGUGGCGUCGUCGACUCGUCGACUGAGACAGAGACUGAGACGGACGCCGACACCGACAUCGAUGCUCCGGCACGGACAGCGGCCGGUGCCGAGGCCGAGGGCACGAUCUCGAGACCAGUGUCGCCCUCGCCGCCGCCAGAGCUUCCGUCUCUCUCCUGGCACUUCCUGCGCCACCUCAACAUCUCCAACAACAGCCUCACCUUUGUCCCCUCGAUGCCGCUCAAGGCCAUGCAGGGCCUCACCCACCUCGACCUCUCGUCGAACUUGCUCAACGUCGUCCCGCCCGCGCUGGCCCAUCUGCCGAACCUCACCUCGCUAAACGUCAACGACAACCUGAUCGACUCGGUGCUGGGCAUCUACGACACGCUCAAGGCCAUCAAGGUGCUCAACCUGGCCAAGAACCGGCUCGAGAGCCUGUGCGGGCUGGAGCGCCUGUACACGCUGCAGCGCAUCGACCUGCGCACCAACUGCAUCUACGAGGCGGGCGAGGUCGGCAGGCUGGCGCCGCUGCCGUCGAUCCAAGAGGUCUGGAUCAAGGACAACCCGCUCGAAGACGAGCUGCUCGACUACCGCGUCGAGUGCUUUGUCGAGUUUGCCAAGGAAGGGCGCAGCGUGGGGCUCGACGGCGAAGGCCCGGGCUUCUUUGAGCGCCAGCGCAUCGCCGAAAAGGUGCCCAGCGCGAUGCACGUGCUCGACUCGGCGGCGCGGCGGUCGCAGAGCAGCGCCACAGCGGCCGAGGAGGAGGCGCGGGCGGAGCUCGAGGCCAGGCAGGCGCAAGCUGUCGUCAAAUCCGUCAAGCAUCGCGGAUCGACGGCGCAGAGGAAGGGUGCCGAGAAGAGGCGCGGUGCCAAGGACGCGGUGGCUGCCACGUCGACGUCGUCUCCGGACCGCAAGGCAGCGCAAGUCGAUCAAGCACCACCGACGGCGGUCGAGGGCCCAUCGGCCGCCAUGGCCCGGGAUGGAUCAAAGGACAACGCGGCGGCGGCUGCUCGUCGCCGUAACCGGAGAGUGGUGGACCUGGAGGGCACGCCGAAGAAGGCCGUGGCCGCAGCCGAUGCUGGCGCGCACGACGCCUCGCAGUCCAAGUCUGGCAUCAAGCCGAUGUCGGAAUCCGAUCUCAUCAAGCAGGCGGCCCAGGGCAACGGCAAGGGGGCCGCAUCGCCAGUACCUGCAUCCACGCCGCCUGUAGCCUCUGAGAUGGCCUCGGCACCCGCCACGGACGUCGAAGCCAGCGACAACGAAGCGGCAGCGGCACCGACUGCGGCAACGAGCACAAGACGGGUCGCACCUCGAUCGCCCUCGCGGCAAUUCCAGCGACCCAGCUCCAUGUACCUGUCGUCGGGUGGCGGCACGGCGCCGAGCCUGGCCAGCAACUCGCGGCUGACGUGGAGCAAGAAGGCGGGCGCAGCUGCCGCGUCGCUCAGCAUGGACGAGCCGGGGCCAUCGUCAUCGCCGGCCGCGUCCGACGCACGUGGAGCCGGGCCAUCGGCGAGCUCCUCGAGAGGUGGCGAGGCCUUUCAGAACCUCUUCGCGAUCCCGCCACAUCUUGGCGAUCUGCCGUUGGCCUCGCCCCGGCUUGGGCGCUCCAACACCACUGCUGACGCCACGCCGUCCUCACAGAGCAAACCACAGACGGUGCGUCGCAGGGACAGCGGGUCCAACACGGUCGGGCGGUCGGGAGGCCGUCUGGCUUUCCUGCGCGAUGCGAGCAUUCCCGGCGGCGACCUGUUUGAAUCCUCGAGCGGGAGCAGCAGUGGCGGCGGCGGCGGCUUUGGUGGGGGCGGACUGGUUGACGCGGACAGCUACGGGCGUCGGGCCGAUGCCAGCGAGGCUCAGGCCACGGCGCGACUGCGGGUUCCGCGGCCAGGGACGAGCUCUGCGGCGGCGCUCGCCCGGCGGUCCAAGGUGACCGCCAGCCUGUACGAGCCCAGCUCGGUCGAUCUGGGGGAUAUUGGCGAGCCUGUUGGCGGCGCCUCGUCUCCGACCAAGGCCGGAUCUCCGAACGGCGGGGAGGCGCAAGCCGCGAGGAGCCCUCUGCCCAGCCUGGCGGAGGCGGCGAGCGGAGAGGUGGGGCCCAGCGGCGCUGAACGGUCCGAGGCGUUCCGACGGCGGAUCGAGGCGCUCAAGGGUGAAGUCGGCGACGAUUGGCUGCGGCUCUUGGCCCGUGGCGGGGACGCGGCGUAUGCGGGCGGCGCGAGUGCCAGUGCGAGAGGGGCCGAGGCGGAGCAAGCCAGAUCGCCGCCAGAGCCGGUGGCGGCGAAGAAGGCCGAGGCCGUGGGCGGUGCCAAGGGCAAGAAGAAGACGAGCGGGAGCGCAGGCGCCGGGUCGGCAGUUGGCAAGCGGACGAAGAAGAGCAGGGAAGCAGAGAUAGAGUAG